GUGAGGGCAGGCCUUCAAGGCAGGGGACAACUUUGAGCCAAGGACAGGUCAUGAGGGCUGGUUUGUGUCCCAUAAGUCCGUUCCAAAUGCUCUGCUCACGUGCUGUAGCUGCCAAGGCAUGUCUGAAAAUACAGGUGGAUAGAGCAAUGCUUGAACAAUGGAUGAAGGAAAGGAGGAAACAAGACCACUGCUCCUGUUUCAGCGUUUCAGAGACCUGUCACUUUCUGAGAAGUUGUGCUUGCCUGAUCUCAAAGGAUGUUCUUUAUCAACGUGGUUCUCCUUAUUCCUGGGAUGCAGGUAGAUGCAGUGCGUGUCUACGUGAACAGCAGUUCGGAGAAUCUCCAGUACCCUGUCCUGUUUGUAGUACGUCAGCAGAAGGGAGUACUGUCAUGGCAGGUCCCACUAAUUUUUCGAGGCCUCUAUCAGAGGACCUACAAUUACCAAGAAGUGAGUCGGACUCUCUGUCCGUCUGAGCCAGCACCUGAGACAGGACCAUCUGACCAGAUCAUAUUUGUGGAUGUUGCUUCUAUGGCACCAUUUAACAUUGCAUAUGAACUGCUAGUGACCAGACUUGAGAGCUUCCAACUCGAGACCAACAAGCCGUUUAACUUCACUGCCAGCCCUUCCCAGCCCCAGUAUUUUCUGUACAAGUUUCCUCAAGAUGUUGAUUCAGUCAUCAUUAAAGUGGUGUCUGAUGCAGUCUACCCAUGCUCAGUUGUCUCUGUUCAGGAUAUUGUGUGCCCAGUGUAUGAUUUGGACCAUAAUGUGGAAUUCAAUGGUGUUUACCAGUCUAUGACAAAGCAGGCAGCCAUAACGGUGCAGAGAAAAGACUUCCCAGGUGAGCAGUUCUUUGUUGUGUUUGUCAUCAAGCCAGAGGAUUAUGCCUGUGGGGGUUCUGUGCCUUCCUCUAUCCAUGGAAAUGUCAACCGUACUUGGAACCUACAGCGGACAAAGAACCUUCAAGUGACAAUUGUGCCAUCUAUUAAAAAGUCUGUUUACAUUCAGGCCAUGUUGUUCAGCUUCCUGAGCUUCCUCUCUUUUUACGUGGGCUCAGUGGUUGUUGCUUUUGUACACUAUAUCAGGGUUUGGAGGAAGGCUUCAGCUGAGAGAUUGAGUCCUGAGAAUGGAUCUGGGAUUAUGACAUCUUCGCAUCCCAUCACAGCCAGCACACCUGAAGGAAGCAGCUAUGGUGCUAUUGAUGAGUCUAGCUCCAGUGGUGGACGGCAGUUUUCUUCCCCUGAGCAUGGGCCACCAGGAGGCUCUGACACAGACAGCUCUGUGGAGGAAGAGAGCGACUUCGACACCAUGCCAGAGAUUGAAAGUGAUAAAAAUGUCAUCCGCACAAAGGUGUUCCUGUAUCUGUCAGACUUGUCCAGGAAGGACAGAAGAAUUGUCAGCAAAAAAUACAAAAUCUAUUUUUGGAACAUCAUCACCAUUGCAGUGUUUUAUGCCCUGCCAGUCAUCCAGCUUGUCAUCACCUACCAGACGGUAGUGAAUGUGACAGGCAAUCAAGACAUCUGCUACUACAACUUUCUGUGUGCUCAUCCACUUGGGGUGCUGAGUGCCUUCAACAACAUCCUUAGCAAUGUGGGCCACAUGCUGCUGGGCUUUCUCUUUCUCCUCAUUGUGUUGCGCAGAGACAUUCUCCACCGUCGGGCCAUGGAGAUGAAAGAUGUCUAUACCCUAGAUUAUGGGAUCCCAAAGCAUUUUGGGCUCUUCUAUGCUAUGGGCAUUGCUCUGAUGAUGGAAGGGGUGCUCAGUGCCUGCUACCAUGUUUGCCCCAAUUACUCUAAUUUCCAGUUUGACACCUCCUUCAUGUACAUGAUUGCAGGACUUUGCAUGCUUAAGCUCUACCAGACCCGCCACCCAGACAUCAAUGCUAGUGCCUACUCUGCCUAUGCCUCGUUUGCUGUGGUCAUCUGCCUCGCUGUCCUUGGAGUGGUGUUCGGGAAAAACGACAUGUGGUUUUGGGUCAUUUUCUCAUUGAUCCAUGUUUUGGCCUCGCUGGCCCUCAGCACCCAGAUCUACUACAUGGGCCGCUUCAAGAUGGACUUGGGGAUAUUUCGGAGGGCAGCAAUGGUGCUGUACACAGACUGUAUCCAGCAGUGCAGUCGACCAAUGUACAUGGACAGGAUGGUGCUGCUCAUCGUUGGAAACCUAGUCAACUGGUCCUUUGCUAUCUUUGGGCUGGUGUAUCGGCCCAGAGACUUUGCCUCCUACAUACUGGGCAUCUUCAUCUGUAACCUGUUGCUGUACCUGGCUUUCUACAUCAUCAUGAAGAUCCGCAGCUCUGAGAAGCUCCUGCCUAUUCCCUUGUUCUGCAUUGUGGCCACAGCAGUGAUGUGGGCGGCUGCCCUCUACUUCUUUUUCCAGACCCUCAGCAGCUGGGAGGAGACUCCGGCAGAGUCCCGAGAGAAGAACCGGUCAUGCAUCCUGCUGGGCUUCUUUGAUGACCAUGAUGUCUGGCACUUCCUUUCUGCAGCUGCUUUGUUCUUUUCCUUUCUGGUCCUGCUGACCCUGGAUGAUGAUUUGGACACGGUGCGCAGGGACAAGAUCCCAGUGUUCUGAGCCUCGGAUGGACAGAGGCGUGGGGGUGUGCCAAGCCGUUUGGCUGAAGGCACCAGGCUACCGGCGUCUGUGGGAAUGAGCCUGUUUCAGUGGCCUGCAGCCCUGUGGGAGCGGAGGAGCUGGACCCACAGUGAGCAUGACUGGGUGCCACGGGAACUGGGGCAGAACCAGGAGGGAAGAUGACAUUGGCUCCCCUGCCACCACACCCCCUGGGGCAGGCAUGACCUAGCAUUUGCAGCCCUCUGGCUUGUUAGGGCAGCGGGUGCUGGAGCUGGUGAAGAGGGAGAGGACAGGAAGCAUAUUUAAGACCUUUGCUUCCUUUCCUCUACGUUGACGUGCUCUGCUUUCUCUGUAGUGAGUGAGUUUGAGAAUGCAUUGCAGCUCCUCUUGUGUCAGCAGCCAUUGUCCACACCCUGCAGACUGCUGCCCUUGGAGAGCCCCUUGGACAGCAUGGGGGGAGAGUUUGGUUUCUGUCCCACCACGAUCUCAGCAUGCAGAGCAGCUGCCAAGUGAGUAAAAGGCUCCAGACAGAGGUGGUAGUGGGGAACUAUGUUUCUUUGUUGGAGGAGCUCCUCCUGUAACUGCAGGAACAUAUCCAAGGGGCUGCAGUGUUUCAGGGACACAGGGACUAGUGCUGCACUGCCAGAGGCAGAGCUUCCUGCCUUGCUAUUGCAGCUUCUCUCACCAGUACAAACUUAACAGCCCCCCCACUCCUCUCCAGCAGCUCCUGUUCAGCUGCUUGUCAGUGCAGAGUUCUCCUCUACAGCACCAGAAGCAGCGAGACCAUGAGAGAGAUGGAGUGAUGAGGCCUCAGUCUCAUGUGCUGGGCACCUUAUGGGCUCCUGCAGUGUGCCCCAGUCUGGGAGCCUCUUUGAAGGGUUGGAGAGUGGGGAAGCUGUCCAGCAGCUCCUGACUUUCUCCUCCCACAAGUUUACUUUGGAUGGGGAGUGUGGAGGAGGUCUUGGAGUCAUUGGGGUUGAGCUCUUCAGAGGUGUGGACGAAACUUCUUCCCCCACCUCUUCAAAUUUUCUGCAUCUGAGGUUUUUAAAUGUCUUUGCAUUCUUUCUGAAUUCUCAGUUAUUUAAAAAACAAGAGUAAGGUAUGAAUUAUUGCAGGUGUUGCAUUUACAGUGUGACCUGCUUUGCUAAUUUUGAAUUAAAAAGUAUUCUUUGA